UCUGAUGGCUGUUCUUGGGUCCUCGCGCUGAACCGACGGCUCUGUUUCCAUCAUGGCGGCGUCCAGCAGAGAGCAUGUACUGUCACUCUACAGACUUCUUCUGAAGGAGAGCAAGAAGUUCCCCUCUUACAAUUAUAGGACGUACGCUCUCCGGCGGGUGCGAGAUGCCUUCAGGGAGAACCGGACAGUGGAAGAUCCAAAAGUUGUGGAGGAGCUGGUGAAAAGGGCCCGGGACGGUUUGGCCCUCAUCCAAAGACAGCACAAAUGAGGUUUGGAGAAGAAUAGGAGGCACUGGGAUAAUUCGUCUCUUGUCUCGUACCAAAGGCGUUGAGCUGUUCUUUGAAACCGAAUCAAAGUACAGCCUUAGAGAUCAGUCCAUCAUGCUGUCUGCAUUAAGAGCUUCUGUCACCCUGACACUCUCAGCAUGGGAAUCAAUGAACCUAAACUUCCUGGGGAUUUAAAACACCAUCUUCAAUGAGAGUAAGAGAGUCAGGCUCAGAAGAGCAGCUCUCACUCUGUUUUGAGAUUCAAGGGUGCGUGAACGGAGAUGCUUUUAUCAAUGCAAGCCUGAUUUCCAGCUUUUCUGCAUUCACUGUUUGACCAGAAGCUUGUUGAGCAAGUUACUUAAAGUUAAUUAAAUUGUUGACAUAAUACCGCUUCAGGUUUUUGGCAGGCAUACUGCCACAGUGUCUCAAGAAUGCAUGUGGGGUCCAAAAGUUAAACCAUAAUGAAAAC